AUCGCCCCUACCUUAGCGGAAGGACAGGUAUAACGACUCUGGGUAUACCGCAUAUAGUCAGUGUUCACGACGGACAAGACACAUUUCGUUAAUUGGAAUAUAUCCGAAGACGUAAUUCUUAAUCAAAUUCAUUGGAAUUGUGAUAUAUAUUUUCAUAUUCCUGGACCGGUCUUUGGAUAAGGAUAUUUGCCGUGAUUAAUUUCGCCACAGGUGACCCUGUGUUCGUAGUGAUACCUGUCCGGCCGGACUGGACAUCGAGUGCUCGCCGUGUUUGGAUACUGACCAUCAGUGUUUGGAUAAAUUAUUUCGACCGAUAGCUGAGAUGACCAGCUCCAGAUCACAUAUCACUUUAUAAUGUGGGAAGGGCCAAGGCAUUUUAUGUGAAAGUUCUCGUGCACGUGGAGAAAAUGAGCGGCAGUCACCACAGCACUGCUAAUUAUGUAUUUAUAAUUCUGUCUGUGAUUAUCAGUAAGACAGCCGGUGACCACCAUGCCGGAGGUUUCGCGGGGGAGCAGGGGUCCAGAUACAUCUGGUCAUUCGGUCAGUGGACGGGCUGUUCUGUAGAGUGUGGACACGGUAUCCAAUUGCGUCAGGUGUCAUGUGUGGACCGUAAAACUGGACAGAUGGUAGAACAAUCUUACUGUGAGCAGAAUCUCAAGCCUUCACAACGACAGAGGUGUAAUAAUGGGCCUUGUACAGAUCAACACAUUGAGGACUCUGUGCAGUGGGCCCUGGGAGACUGGGGGACAUGUUCCACCACUUGUGACAUAGGAGAUCAGGUACAGCAGGUCACUUGUGUUGCUGUUGGAGAAGGUGGCAGGUCAAGGCCAGUCAGUGAUGACCUUUGUAUUAAGGCAUAUGGCCGGAAGCCAGAGUACAUUCGUUCAUGUAAUGAGGAAGUUGCUUGUCCACAGUGGACAUCUACAGGCUGGUCUAAGUGUACAGCUGACUGUGGAAUCGGGGUUCAGACACGUCGUGUCUACUGUAUAGAACUCACACCUUCCGAGUCCUCUAACUACAGAAUUCUCCCUGAUGGUGCCUGUUCCCUGGAGGAGAUACCACCUACUCAGCAACAGUGUACUGACACCUCCUGUCAGAGCUCGGACUCGCGACCAGAUGGGGAUGGAACAAGGAACUGUCAGAACACAUUGUACGGCUGUUGUCAAGACGGCAGGACAGCAUCACUUGGACCUAGAUUCCAGGGCUGCCCAACAGAUGCACAGGAUAGUCGAUGUGGAUUAGAGAAGGACCGCGGACCCUGUUCCGAGUUUGGAGCUAAGUGGUAUUAUGACUCCGGAAGAAAAGGUUGUUUUCAGUUUUGGUACGGUGGAUGUGAUGGAAACACAAAUCGGUUUGAAUCUGAAGAAGACUGCCAGAAGCAUUGUUCGGGAUACACGGGUACUGUUGGAGGGACAGAAGUGGUGGUGGAGCCUGAUGAACCAAUUCUCGUCGGUGGAUGUGCAGGUACACGUUACGGCUGCUGUGAGGACAGACUAACUUCAGCCCUAGGAGAAAACCGACAAGGUUGUCCUGAGACCGAACCAGUUUUAAUUGGUGGAUGUGCAGGUACACGCUAUGGCUGUUGUGAGGAUGGUGUUUCCUCUGCUCUAGGAGAAAGUAGAUACGGCUGCCCUGAAACGCGUACCCAACAGCCCCCAGUGGUAGGAGGAUGUGGUUCUACACCUUAUGGCUGUUGUGAGGAUGGUGUUUCCUCUGCUCUCGGAGAAAAUAGAUAUGGCUGCCCUGAAACACGUACACAACAGCCCCCAGUGGUAGGAGGAUGUGGUUCUACACGCUAUGGCUGUUGUGAGGAUGGUGUUUCCUCUGCCCUUGGAGAAAAUAGAUACGGUUGCCCUGAAACGCGUACACCACGACCUCCGCUAUUAGGAGGGUGUCGUGGAACACGUUAUGGCUGUUGUGCAGAUGGUCGUACAUCAGCUCUUGGGGAGAAUAGACAUGGCUGUCCUGAAACGCUUGUAACUUCAGAUGUGUGCCGACUAGACAGUGAAAGAGGUUCAUGUUCUGACUAUACUGUCAGAUGGUACUACAAUUCUGAUGAGUCUCGCUGUGAACGAUUUUGGUACGGUAGCUGUGAUGGUAAUGGAAACAACUUUGCUGAUGAGCAGGAGUGUAAUGCAGCAUGUGUCAACGCCCCUGUUGUCACCUCAGCUCCGAGAGAGGAAUACAAGCCUGGCCAAUGUCCUCCCGUAGCCCGUGACCGUAGUGGCUCAUGUGAUAGCGAGUGUCAAUCAGACUAUGACUGUCAGGGAGCCCAGAAGUGUUGCACAAGUUCCAGUGGGUGUGGACGUUCAUGUCGGAGUCCUCAGGGAGAAACAGAAGAAUUCAAGCCUGGUUCCUGUCCCGUUAUUCCCCUUGGCCGGAUGGGUGCAUGUGUGGAGGAGUGCCGCUCUGAUUACGAGUGUUUGGCAGAUCAGAAGUGCUGCAGCAACGGAUGUGGUCACACCUGUCGGGAUACACAAUAUGAGCGCCCAGAGUACAAGGAAGGACAGUGUCCAGUUCUACGACAAGGUGAAGUUGGAACAUGUGCCAAUGAGUGUCAGACUGAUUAUCAGUGUUCCGGCACCCAGAAGUGCUGUUAUAACGGCUGUGGGUACUCCUGUUUCCAGUCUGGGGAUCAAAGAGUAGUACCAAUGACAGCUCCACGGGACCUGACUCCGGUGUCAGUAGAUGGCAACGCUCUGGCUGUCACCCUGAACUGGCAGCCACCUAAGGACACCAAUGGACAGAUCGAACGCUACAUGUUGUACUACACAACCAAUGCCCGGGAGGAGGAGGAUAGCUGGAACCGCCAGGAAAUGGUGGGGGACCAUCUCACCAGUACCGUCAACAAUCUCAAACCAAACACCUUGUAUUACUUCAAGAUCCGUGCUAGCAACCGUGAAGGCAUGGGGCCAGCCUCUAAGCCAGUAUUCUAUACUACACCGAAUGAGAUGGUGGCUCCCACUGGUCUACUGUGUGAGCGGGAACCAAUGAGGGGACAAUGUACUGACUAUGUCGUACGCUGGCACUACGACAGAGACGAUGCACGCUGUAAACGUUUCUGGUAUGGAGGCUGCAACAGCAAUGGCAAUAACUUUGAAUCUGAGGAGAAAUGCUUACAGAACUGUAAAACACCUGUAAAGGUACAAGAUGUGUGUGUGUUGCCCUCGGUGACGGGAAGAUGUCGUGCUGCCCACAGACGUUACUUCUUCAACUCUGCCACAGGGUCAUGUGAACUCUUUACCUACGGAGGAUGUAAUGGCAAUGCCAACCGCUUCACCACUCGUGAGGAGUGUGUAGCCCGGUGUGGGGGUAGAGUUGACAAUAGACGUCUGUGUGUGGUGUCCCAGUAUGGCUGUUGUAGAGAUGGAGUAACACCUGCUGAUGGACCAGACAACUAUGGCUGUCCAGAUCAUUGUGUGAGGAGUGAGUUUGGAUGUUGUGAAGACCAAGUUACAGCAGCAACAGGACCCAAUGAGGAGGGGUGUGAUGGUGUAGAUGGUGGGUCUGGGGACAUGGACACGGACAACGACUGUCGUGAGAACGUCCAUGGCUGCUGUCCUGACGGAACUCCUGCUAGUGGACCAAACGAGGAAGGCUGUGAUAGAACUGUUGAUGUUGAAAUUAAACCAUCCUCAGGAGACGAAUGUAACAAGCCUCAGAUGAGGGGUCCCUGCUCAGAUUAUACUGUAAAGUGGUUCCAUAACACUGACGAAAAGCGAUGUGAGCGAUUCUGGUAUGGAGGUUGUCAAGGAAACGGAAACAAAUUUGAAAGUGAAGAGGAAUGUACAAGAACUUGUGUAGAAAAAACUCAAGACAUAAACUUACCUUGUAAACUCCCCAAAGAUAUUGGACCAUGUCGAGCACUUGUACCUCGAUUUUACUUCAACCAGCAGACUGAAAGAUGUGAGCAGUUCGGAUACGGAGGUUGCCAGGGGAAUGCCAACAAUUUUGCGACUGUUGAUUUGUGUCGACAGACAUGCGAGGAGAUCAUCGUGGAGGAGCUUGAUACAUGUCAGCAGCCGAUGGAGAUCGGGCCGUGUCGCGCUAGUUACCCCCGCUUCUACUACAAUAGUCAGACACGCGAGUGUACACAGUUUACGUAUGGGGGAUGUGAUGGAAACGACAACAAUUUCGCCACCCGUGAGAAAUGUGUCCAGCACUGUGCUCCCAAUGUGAUCCCUUCAGUGACAGAUGCCCCUGUAGUGCCAGUGGAAGAAAAAGACAUUUGUCUUUUGGCCUACGAGACUGGGUCCUGCUCUGAAGCACAUUCGAGGUGGUAUUACGAUUUCAAUGAAGGAUUCUGUAAACAAUUUGUGUAUGGAGGCUGCGGACAAAAUGAAAACAACUUUAACUCGAAGGAGGAAUGUGAAAACAGCUGUAGCCGUGAACAUGUUUGUGGCAGUGGAGAGUCCAACUCCCCAAUACAGUGUAAUGCCUACAUCCGGCGCUACCGCUAUGACCGUGAGAGUGCCACCUGCCAGGAGUUUAUCUAUGGUGGAUGUGGAGGAAAUUCUAAUAAUUUUGCAACACAAGAGGCUUGUCUGCGCAAGUGUAUCACCGGCGGAUCUGUCACACGCCCCAUGUCACAGAAAGAAAUCUGUGCUCUGCCAAAGGAAAGUGGGCCAUGUUUUGCAUACAUGAGACGUUACUUCUUCGACUCCGACACCGGGUCAUGCGAGCAGUUUAUCUAUGGUGGAUGUAGUGGUAACCAAAACAACUUUGAGAAUAUUGAAACCUGUCAGGAGAAGUGUGCCGAGGACACAGUAGACGGGUCAGGGGAGGUGGAAACAGACAGUUCAGAGUAUUGUGGUCUAGAGAUGGACGCAGGGCCUUGCCGCUCCAGUGUCCCUUCCUGGUACUACAGUCACACAGAGGGCCGCUGUAAGGAAUUCCUGUACGGAGGAUGUGGGGGCAACAAUAACCGAUUCAAUUCGCAAAUAGUGUGUGAGGCAUCAUGUAGUGGUGAUGCUGUGUGUAUGCUACAACCAGACAAGGGUAACUGUGUCCGGAGUGUCCAGCGCUACUACUACGAUGUAUCUCAGGACGCCUGCGUCAGUCUGGACUAUGGCGGCUGUGGUGGCAAUGCUAACAACUUUGAAUCCCGGGCAGCAUGUGUCGGCAAGUGUGGAGGUUCAUACGUCACUCCAGAACCACACAGUGAUAAUGUGUGUGCCAUGGACAAUGACAGAGGUUCUUGCAGUAACUACGCUGUGCAGUGGUUUUACAAUCAAGAUGAAGGAGUUUGUGGCCGCUUCUGGUAUGGUGGAUGUGACGGCAAUGGCAAUCGAUUCAGCACAGAGCAGGAAUGCAAACAGAGAUGUGGUGUAGAGGUGGUCACUGCUCGGCCCCGCCCGACUUAUGCCCCGGUCACAGUACGCCCAACUUAUGCUCCUGUGACCACCCCCAGGCCUGACCCUGUUUACACACCCCGACCAGCAUAUACCACUCCUAAUCCAGACACUAAUGUCAUUGUCGAGUAUGACAUCUGUGACCUUGACCAGGCACGAGGGCAAUGCAGUAACUACACGGUCAAGUGGUACUUUAAUAAAGAUGACCAGAAAUGUAUGAGGUUCUGGUACGGAGGCUGUGAUGGUAAUGCCAACAAUUUUGAUGAUGAGGCGGAGUGUCAGAAUAUUUGUGUGGAGCGUCGCCGCCCAGUAGUCACUCGAACUCCAGUGACCCCUCGACCUACCAGGGGUCGCGGCGACUGCCACCUAACACGUUUUGGGUGUUGUCCGGACGGAGUCCUCCCGGCCGCCGACAUCUACUUCAGCAACUGUAGAGACCCCAGUAGUGGAGGCUCAGAGGAGACUGGACUCAUUGAUGGCGACUACACCUCCAUCAUAGAACAGCCAGGACAGGAUGUGAUGCUGCCCUGCUCCGGCUACAAACCAGGCACAAACACGGGAACCAUCGCCUGGUACAGGGAUGCAUUCUUGGUGUCUAAUGACCGUCGCUAUGUAAACUACCAGAACGGCUCCCUCCUCAUACGCAGUAUCUCCAGUCAGGAUUCUGGGGUUUACGCUUGUCGUGUCACCAACGGCAACGUACUACCAUACAUAGAGAGAUACAGAUUACAGGUGGAAGUGGCCAUAGGAAUCUUCCCAACUCCUGCCAAGAUUGUAGUGAAGCCAGGAGGUAACGCUUUCCUUCACUGCCAAGCAUAUGGUACGCCCCGCCCUUCUGUUUCCUGGACCAAGGGAGGCAACCAAGUCCUGUCUGGUGGCAAGUUUGCAGUGUUUGACAACGGUACUCUGAUCAUCUCCCAGGUUAACGUCCAGGAUACUGGGGACUAUGUGUGUAUGGGUAGCAAUGGUGUGUCCACACCUGCAGAACGCAUCAUGAUGUUGUCUAUAAGAGAAUCGCUGAGAGUGGCCAUUGAUGACAUUAACAUCAAGAAGCCAAGGGAAGGUGAUCGACUUUACCUUACCUGUCGAGGGUAUGGCUACCCUGAGCCAACCCUCAUGUGGGAGAGACUGGGGCGCCCCCUACAGAAUUCCCCUGGAGUGUUUGUAAGGGGAGGUGACCUGCGCAUCACUAGUCUGACCUUAGAUGACACAGGACUCUACACCUGUAUCGCCAACAACAACGAAGAGAAAGUGGAGGAUGAUAUCUCUAUCCAGGUCUUACAGAAAGAUGCCACACUGCCUGACUGUAAGGACCGUGCUCCACUGAUGAAGUGUCGACUAAUCGUGACAGCUAUGUUAUGUAACUACAGUAUAUACUCCAAACAAUGUUGUGGUAGCUGUGAGCGAGAAAGGUCACGGCUGAUUGGCUAAUCUGUGAACCAAUAAUACUCCAUAACACAUUACACAAACAGCUAGUGAGACGAGGAGGCGGAGAGUGGAUUUUGAAUGCUGUGGUUUAACAUUGGGAUCACAGUGACCUGUAUUGACCUUUCUGUCCCGUCUACUCAAUGUUGGGCUGAAGAGCAACCCAUCGGGACAGACAGCUAGGUCACUAGUUCUCUGAUCAUUUAAAAUACCAAAGAUGUGCAUUUCUAUAGGAGACUUGAAUUCCCUGUUGUUAGCAGGAAGCUGAUGGGUAGAUAAUUUUGUUGAAUCGGUUCCUGCUGAGAUCAAGAGUGCUUACAUUCUGCCUGGAGGUUUGCACUAACUGUACACCAUAUGGCAUUGUUGAACAAAGUCCCAUCAAAAUGUUCAAAAUGUUUUAAUAAAUUGUUUUGUAAGAUUGUAGAUAAUGUUUAGUAUAUAUUUUCAUGUCUGUCACUCACAAUAACAAACAAACCUGCUUCUCAGUAAAGUGUAUAUCAUAAAUGUCAUGAAUGUGACUUUUCAGUAUAGUUUUUAUCAUUAAUGUCAGUCAUUAAUGUGACUUCUCAAUAUAGUUUUAUUAUAAAUCUCUCAUGUAAUCAAUUUUCAGUAUCAUGUACAUGACUUUAUAUUGCUCCAGGCAUUGUAUUUAUAUUUACUAGUCUUUCUUCAUAUUCUCUAAUUAAUGUUUAUCUUUCGAUUUUUAUGGUAGCAAUAAUUUCAUUUUUUCUCUGCUAGUUUCAAUUCACCAAUGUCUAUCAUAUAUAAAUUUCUGGUUGUUUUGUUUUCAAAAUUGACAUUAUUCAUUGAGUAACUUCAUUGAAGUUUUGAUGUAGCUGAAAUUUUAGAAUUAUUUCCAUAAGCAGCAUUGACAGCUGAUUGGAGUGCCUGAGUUGACACUGUAUUGCCUUAUGGUUGGAUAGAGGUUAGUCACACCUUCUACAUGGUGUCUAUAACUAAGCCUGCUAGGUAACAAUGGUGUGUGUUAUUGACAUGGAGCUGUAAUGCAUUGAUAAACAUUACCUGUGUUUUCUAUGUUGAUUGUGUGUAUGUAUGCAAUGCUAUGAAAUUAGUUUUCAAUAAAAGAACCAAAUGAUCAGAUAUCUGCUACAAAUAAUGUACACAACUGUGUGUGUUAACACUUUACACUCAGCUGUGUAACUGCUGUGGGUGUUAACACUUUACACUAGUUGUGUAACUGCUGUGGGUGUUAACACUGUUGACAGUGACCACACAGCUGUGUAACUGUUAUCUGUACUCGUUCUGUGCGUGUUGACAGUGACCAAAAAGCUGUGUAACUGUUAUCUGUACUGGAUCUGUGUGUGUUGACAGUGACCACACAGCUGUGUAACUGUUAUCUGUAAUGGUUCUGUGUGUGUUGACAGUGACCACACAGCUGUAUAGCUGUUAUCUGUACUGGUUCUGUGUGUGUUGACAGUGACCAAACAGCUGUGUAACUGUUACCUGUACUGGUUCUGUGUGUGUUGACAGUGACCAAACAGCUGUGUAGCUGUUAUGUGUACUGGUUCUGUGCAUGUUGACAGUGACCAAACAGCUGUGUAACUGUUAUCUGUACUGGUUCUGUGCGUGUUGACAGUGUCCACACAGCUGUGUAGCUGUUAUCUGUACUGGUUCUGUGCAUGUUGACAGUGACCAAACAGCUGUGUCACUGUUAUCUGUACUGGUUCUGUGUGUGUGGACAGUGACCAAACAGCUGUGUAACUGUUAUCUGUACUGGAUCUGUGUGUGUUGACAGUGACCACACAGCUGUAUAGCUGUUAUCUGUACUGGUUCUGUGUGUGUUGACAGUGACCACACACCUUUGUAGCUGUUAUCUGUACUGGUUCUGUGUGUGUCGACAGUGACGACACACCUGUGUAGCUGUUAUCUGUACUGGUUCUGUGUGUGUCGCCAGUGACCACACACCUGUGUAGCUGUUAUCUGUACUGGUUCUGUGUGUGGCGACAGUGACCACACACCUGUGUAGCUGUUCUCUGUACUGGUUCUGUGUGUGUUGACAGUGACCAAACAGCUGUGUAGCUGUUAUGUGUACUGGUUCUGUGCAUGUUGACAGUGACCAAACAGCUGUGUAACUGUUAUCUGUACUGGUUCUGUGCGUGUUGACAGUGACCACACAGCUGUGCAACUGUUAUCUGUACUGGUUCUGUGUGUGUCGACAGUGACCACACACCUGUGUAGCUGUUAUCUGUACUGGUUCUGUGUGUGUUGACAUAGCUGGCUCUACCUUACAUGUACUCAUUAAAUGUCCUUGUUACAUGAACAUACAAAAUACCUCACAGACCCUGAUAUAUAUACAUUUCCACCAGUUUUGCUUGUCAUAGAUUAGUUAGAGAACACCCUAGACUGUCUUCCAGAUUUCUCUGAGAUGCACAUCAGUUCCAUACUACAUGUAUCUAUUGACUGACAACAGUCUCCAUUAUCAUACCAUGCAAACAAAUGCUCCAUCUAUUAAACUACCAAUGCUUUUCCUGCAAGCAACAAAAAAACAGGGCAGAAGUCACACUUGUUCAGCUUAAAUAUUUACUGAAAACACUAGAGCUGAUAUAGGGCGUGUACACUAAGGUACUGUAGUUACAACUGUAGCCAGCACUAGGGCUGCUACAGGGCAGGAUUUGGACUCAAACAUAGCUAGGGAUUGUUCCAUCAGUUUCCAGGUUAGUGAGAAUUAACCUGUACCAGGCCAGUGUCAUAUAUACAGUGUAUAGAAUAUUAACACCUUUAUCAUGUUACUGCAAUACCAGACUCCUCUCCACUGGUCACAUUAUUGUGUGUAUUAUAUCUACAGUUCUGAUGUUUUAUACAAAACCCUUGCAUAUAAGUUCCAUCAGAAACAUUGAUUGCUUGUAUUAGAUUGUUUAUAAGCCGAAUACAAAACCUGCCAAGUCACUUUCAUUUGUGCAGGUCAACCUGAAAAUGACCUCCAUGACCAGUGCAGAUUGUAGAACUAGUAUCCAUGUAUUUUAGAAUUUCUUGUAUUUGCAGCGCUUAUCCCAACA